CAGACUGGGUCAGACGAGCGAUGCAGAUUGCAGGGGUGACGCUCCGUCAACGCACAGAUACCCGUGCACAGCACCGCGCGACGUAAGUUCGUUUUGUAUACGUCUAGCGCCGAUGGUCCGCGUCUACGUCUAUUAGGGACGGAGAAUCGAGUGCGAAAAUCUCGGAGCAUCGCCGCGCCGCGUCUACGAUGGACAGCGAUGUCUGCGUGAUUAACGUGAGUACGGGCUCUGUGAGCGAGGAGCCGCCGCCGCCGCCGGAGGUGAUCGAGCUGGAUACCAGCCCCGACGAUGAGAAUUCGACCUGCGGUACGAAGAGCGCCAGUCGCGUCUCGUCCCCGGACGACGAGGCGAUCGAGAUGAUCCCCUCGGAGCAGGAAGCCUCGCGGCCUCGUAGCCCGUCGAAGAACGUCGCUCCGCAGCCCGUCUUUAAGGUUAUGUUUCGCGACGAGAAUGUCUCGAGGCAAUAUCGGGCUCAAGUAAAAGAUUUCUUGCAAUCUUUACUGCGAGCGAGACCGCUUUGUAAGAAAAACGCGAAUGAAUCGGAUCUGACUUUAGAGAUUUGGGAGAAUGAAAUCGACUCCGAAGAAAUGUUCAUUAAUUUGGAAGAUGAAAAUACUGGGCAUGACAGCGUAGAGUGCAUCGACAAUUUCACAAUUGAUAAACGACCGAACAUAAAUGAUUUGGCUGUUCCGACUUAUGAACAGAAAUAUGAGAAUACAUUUGAGAAACCAAACGCGACGCCAAGAGAUUUCACGCCAAAAUUAAAUUGCUUUAAUUGUAACGGAAAUCAUAAUUUGCGAGAUUGUCAGUUGCCCAAAAAUCAAAGCAAUAUCAAUAAAAAUCGCAAAGAGUUUGCUAUGAGAAAUAAUAUGGGAGUCCGAUACCACAUGAGUGAGGAUCAGAGAUAUAGUCACAUGAUUCCUGGUCAGUUGAGCCAAAAGCUACGAGAUGCUCUUGGGGUAAAAGACAAUCAACUACCUAGGCACAUAUACAGAAUGAGAUUACUUGGCUACCCUCCAGGGUGGUUGGAAGAAGCACGCUUGCAACAUUCUGGUUUAUCACUGUUCAUUUCUGGUGGAGCAGACGAAAGUGACAUAAAUAAAGAAGAUGGCGAGAUCAUUACAAGCGCAGAUCGAGAUCAAUACGACUUAAAAAAAAUAUAUGACUUCCCUGGUUUUAACGUGCUUCCUCCUCCUGGUACCGAAGACGACAGCCGCAAGUAUUGGGUACCACAGAUGCAAUUCAUGCACAGUAAACAAAUGAUGUUAUCGCAUUUGCAAGGUAAAGAAGCAGAUGAUGGUUACAAGCGAAAAAAACUGAAAUUACCUGCUCCAGUUAUGAAUAAUACAGAAAUGAUCAGUGAUAUGGAAGUAGAGGAUACAGAAGAAAAUGUUGGGGCAAAUAUAUCUGUUAACGGACAUUUUGUACCACCGUUACCAAAAGAAUCAACGCAACUGCAACCACCUGCUCCGUUAGAUUUAUGUGAAACAAUAACAAGCAAUUCAGAUUUGCAUGAAUUGUUUUCCUUCAAAAGUGCAGACGACACCCCUUCGUCCACAUAUUUAUCCUUAUUUGAAUUAGAGAGAAGAAAAAAGAUGUUACUUAUGGAAAUCGAAGAGACCAAUUCGCAAUCUAAUUCUGAUUCCAUAUCAAUUAAAACCGAACCGGAAACGUCGCUUUCCUUUGGAACGACUACACCUUCUACUUUGAGAAGAUCUCCAAAUCGAGAUUCGGUCAAGUCAGAUUUAACCGACGUAUUACUUACAAAUGAUUGUAAUACUACGUUGGACAUGUCAGUUUCCGAUAAAAUGCUUCAAUCCACUCCAAUUCGUUCUACUUCGCAAAAAUCUUCAGAAGCAAAUCAUGCUUCUGUCAAAUCGGUACAUUUAGGUACACCGAUAUUGUCAAGUACCUCUCCGUAUAGUAAAUUACCAUCAUCUGAAAAGUUUUCCAAGGACAUUUGCGAUGUUAUCAACUUUGAAAAUUUACCUGAUUCAACGGGUAAAUAUGAACAAAUGUCGGGAGUAUUGCGAAAAGUUAGAAGCACUAUGACAAGAUUGCACCAACAAGAAUAGACCGACUAUUUGAGGACUAAUACAGCAUUCAGUAAGUACAGAAAUAUUUAGAUGUACAAAAAUCAAUGAAAUUAAUAGUUAAGAUAGUUAAGUAGUUAUCUCAACUAAGAAAAGUAAUGACGAUUUAAAAGUUAUUCGUUCUUCUUUCCAAAGAGGAUAUUUUCAAAGACAUUCUAUUGUAAAUAGAUAUUUUUGGGUAUGUCUAUAAAUAUAAGAUUAAUGUGUUCACGAACAUUACCUAAAGAUCUCAAACGUGCUCUUUGCAGACUAAACGAUUCAUUGCUAGUUGCUAGAUUACAAACUAGAAUUCACUGGUUGACACAAUGAUAUUCUCUAUCCUAUAUUCUAUUAUAUCUUUCUUUGAGCUUCUCUAAAAUCCUUUUUCUUCAUAGUAGUUACAAGAUAAUAGACUUUCUUACUGUCAGAUAUUUUUUUGAAACUACUAUUCAGACAAGCUACUAUUCAAAUGUACUCAGAUUCAUCAUAUUUAAAAUAUUGUUUUUUUUUGUCAUUUUUACAAAUUGUAACACAAAAUUUUAGAAUCACAUUUUUGAAAUAUAAACUAUCGAGAAAUGUUUUAAAAUAAUUUUCCUCUAGACGUAUAUGUGUCCUUAGAUAUAUUUCUUGAAACUGUAUUUUUCUUGUCAUUCCUUGAUAUUUUUCCUUUUUUUAAUUACUUCUCUAAAUUCUCCAAAUUUAAUUAGAUUUAAUGUGAACUCUUAUAAUGGGAAGAGAGAUACGCUCGAUGUCAACUUUUUAAUAAAGUAAAAUUACAUUAGAAAGAAU